AAAAUGAAUAAUAAUACAAAAAAUAUUAAUUUCCACAGGAGGGCGAGGCAGAUGAUGAUGAUGGCAACCGGCCAGAGAAGAGCGAAUGUUUUUUUGCAGGAAAAGCCACUGCAAUGGGUCUUACCUUCAAGGAUAUUCCAGCUAAAACCAGCGAACGUCGGCCCAGUACAGAUUCGGCAAAAUCAACGAAUAGCACACAAAGUAAUAAUUCUGAUAUACAGCAACAUUUACAAUCAAUGAUUGAUCUACUUUAUCCUGAGGAAACCUUGAAGAUGGCAGUUAAAUUGGAGUCCCAACGACCGAAUCGCACAAGGUAUCUAGUGAUUGUAUCACGUUGUUGUUACCGCCCCACAACCACCGAUCGAAAGAAUAAAAUAAUGCGGCAUAAUUCGACUAAAGCAAGCAAUGCAAUAACAUCAACAAACACUGUUACAAUGCGUCAAUCAUCAACAGAUAGCAUACAGCGAACGACACCACAACAACAGUCACAAACUGAAUCAAGUAGCGGUGGUGAGGAAUCAACAGACGCUCAUGAGAAGCGCUUGUCGAGCGUAUCUUUGCCGGCGAAAGCAUCUCAACACCAGAGCAUCAAAAGCGACUCCGAUAAAAUGAACGCAUCGGGCGAUAGCAAGGCAUGUGAGGAUGGUGUCGAAGAAUCCUGUCUUUUGGGUAUCGAUUGCAAUGAACGCACCACAAUUGGCCUGGUUUUGCCAAUACUUGCCGAUACGACAAUACAUCUUGAUGGCGAUGGUGGCUUUAGCGUUUCAGUAUACGGCAAAACACACAUUUUUAAACCCGUUUCCGUGCAAGCCAUGUGGUCUGCAUUACAAACUUUACAUAAAGUAUCGCAAAAGGCUCGUGAGAAUAAUUUUUAUCCACGUGGUCCAUCGCACGAUUGGACUUCUUACUAUGAUAGUCACAUUGAGUCAGAACAAUCUUGCCUAAAUGAAUGGAAUGCAAUGGAUUCACUAGAAAGCCGACGCCCUCCAUCGCCAGAUGCCAUAAGAAACAAACCAACUGCGAAGGAGGAAACGGAAAGCACAAUCAAAAUGAAGCUAAAGGAAAUAAUGAUGUCGGUAGAUUUAGAUGAAGUGACUUCUAAAUACAUACGUGGUCGACUUGAAGAACUUCUGGAUAUGGAUUUAGGCGAGUUUAAAUCGUUUAUCGAUGAGGAAAUGUUAACAAUACUAGGUCAAAUGGAUGCCCCAACAGAGAUAUUCGAUCACGUUUAUCUUGGUUCGGAAUGGAAUGCCAGUAAUUUGGAAGAGCUGCAAAAGAAUGGAAUACGCCAUAUUCUUAAUGUAACACGAGAGAUCGAUAAUUUUUUUCCUGGCGUCUUUGAUUAUUUCAAUGUGCGAGUUUAUGAUGAUGAAAAGACGAAUCUGUUAAAGCACUGGGACAACACAUUUCGUUACAUAACACGUGCCAAAUCGGAGGGAUCCAAAGUACUCGUUCACUGUAAAAUGGGUGUCAGCCGAUCAGCGUCGGUUGUAAUCGCCUAUGCUAUGAAGGCAUACAAUUGGGAAUUCAAACAUGCACUUCAACACGUUAAGGAACGCCGAAACUGCAUAAAGCCUAAUAAGAAUUUCCUUAAUCAGCUGGAGACUUACCGUGGCAUGUUGGAUGCAAUGAAGAAUAAGGAGAAACUGCAGCGCAGUAAAAGCGAAACGAAUUUGAAGAGCACAAAGGACGCGCGCCUGCUGCCAGGCAGUGAGCCUACGCCACUCAUACAGGCGCUCAACCAGUCCAAAUCAAAAUCAACCGGAGGACAGGAAGAUGUGACCUGUGGGGAUAGCGCAGUGGAAAGAGCCGACAGAAGCAUUAUAAGUACUAAAGGCGUCGGACGGUCUAAAACGCCAAUUGGCAAUGACGGUGGCGGCACGAAUGAAGCCAAGCAACGUCGCUUGGUGCGUCGGUCCAGUAGCACAUCACCGCAGGCGGUGCCCCACGUGCCACAUAUGACAGUCGUAAUAAAACAGCAAAGCCAAUCGCUGGAAAACCUAACUCCUGAAAAGAGUGUUGCAGAGGAGCCCAAGAAUAUGCGAUUUCCCGGAAGCAAUGGUGAGAACUACAGUGUCACUCAAAACCAAGUGCGACACAUACAGAAAAACGUACAGCCGCCACCACCCCCACCGCCGCCUCCACCAUCUUCUACUGCACAACAAAAGCUACAGCAAAGAAAGCAAAAACAGCAGAUAGCAUCCGUGCGAACACGUGUGCAGAAUCUGGAAACACACAGCACACGCAAGACGGCUGAUGAUCGCCGGUCGCUUAACUUGCAGUUUGGUCGCUCGGUAUCACACGAUACUGGCUCAAUAGCUACGCGUGUGGAUACGUUGCCUUGUUAUGCCGGCGAUGGCACAUUACAGAGUGAACAUAGUCCAGUAUGGACAUCAUCCGCAAAACUAAUCACUCAGACUUCUAAUUUGAAAAAUUUAAUGACAGUCGACGGUGGUGGCGGUGAAGGGGUUUCCAACGAAAGUUUCGCCAGCGAUACUAGCAGCGGACAAAUGGAGACAUCGUCUGAGCUUAAGGAAGAGCAUCAAUGCGCUAACUCAAGACGUCACAGUCGAAAAACUCAUUCAUGGACUGCCGCUAGCGGCACAAGCGACUUGAGUGGUACCAGCAGGAGUGGUGGUAUAGUUUUAGAUCGUCUCAAUGUGCUGGGCGUGGGUACAAGUGCCAGCAGUAGCGGUACCAGCAAAUUGAGCUCAAAUAGCAGUAUUGAUUCGAUCUCAUCGAGUGCCGGAUGUUCGACGACAACCGCAUUUGAGGAGCGUGUGGUCACACGAACACACCGGCACCGGGAUUUGCCCUCACGACAUGCUUCAUGGGGUUCGGGAGACACGCGCUGUGCUGCCCCAGUACGAAAUAGUUCCUGGGCAGCGUACGACUCCAAUCGCAAUUCGUGCCAGUACGGCGGCGGAGCCAUACUCGAAGGUCAAAUACACGAACUCAACAUCAAUAAGAGCAACAAGACUGUCACACCAAUCUGUCAGGGCGUUUCUGGGUCGCCACAUUACCAGCAGCACCAGCAUGUGGGCACGGUAAAGCGCACUAAACAGAAGUUGGAGCAGGUCGGUAGCGUUAAUAGCAGCAAUACAUUGAAGACAUCGUGCCCGGAAAAUAGCGUGGCCGACGAAGUGCCAAUCACUGGCAACGCAAAGCGCAGCGUCAAAGGUGCAACAAAUCUCUUUCGAAGUGCUUCAGCUGCUGGCUCAACGCGCAUCCGCUGUUCUCCUUACCGCUGCAAUAGUGUGGAAAUUGUUCCCGGUGCAACCGCCACUACAUUAGACGGCAACAACGCCGACCACGACAUAUUGACGUGUCAUAUGGUUAUGCGCCGUAGCGAUGGCAGUCGUCCGUUGCACAAUGAAUUAUUUUCCGCUUCCUCAGCUCCAGAAUCAUAUACAGUUUCAGACAUUGAGAACAAGAAUAUGGUACCUUCAGAACCAGAGACAGCCGAAAAUAUAGAUGGUGGCUCCGUUAUAGGUGAGGAGGGUUCAGUGCUGUUGCGUGGUAGCGUCGGCGGCGCUACUACCAUCACGGAUCAACGGAUCUCCGGCACUGUGCAAAUACUCAAAAAGAAUUUUGAGGCCAAAGCAGGCAGUAGCGCAAAUGCAGCAACAGGCAGUAGUGGAAAUGUUUUGCAAAUUCAAGCUGCCGCCACGCCUGCGAAGAAAGGUCAUCAUUCACUGCCUUCUUCCCCAGUUGCGCAACAUAUAGAUCCACAUCAUCACCACCAACACAAUCUGCAAAGCGCUUCUUUGGCGUCACCUAUUUCAGACACAACCUCUGCAACACAAAGUUUAGCAGCAUCCUCUGGUUACCACGAUGAGAUCCCUGCUGAAAUAAUUGACACAAUUGCACAUGCAGCCACUACUACUACAACUACGACCCAUACAAUGCAGACCAUAUCUACUACCGCCUCUGUUUCAUCGACAACGGCUUCAUCUGCAUCAUCGUCUUCGUCGUCAUCCACUUCGUCUUCAUCGAGUAUGUGCGAGCCAUAUGUUGACCGUAACGUGAAGGUUCUGGUGUAUAAAUAUCAAAUGCCAAUAUCGGUAUCGUCUGUAACCAAAAAUGACAGUGUCGUUGGCGCCAUACCCAUAUCUUCAUCAUAUACCACGGCGCCAUCCGCUUCGGCAUCCUCUUCAUCUCCAGUACCAACAACAGUUGCAACGGUUGCUCUAGCUACAAGCCACUGUAAACCCAGGCGCCAUUCGUACUAUGAAAGUGGUGGUCGUGCGUUGCACAAAAGCACGCUGAUAGGUGGUGGCAGAAGCUCUGCCACUAGUGUUCGGUUAUCUCACGAAUAUAGUGAUAGUAGGCCGCCCCCUGCUCCAGCUAAAUCCACAAUGAUAUCGCAUGGCAACGCUGCCCAAACGUCAAUGGCAGACAAUGCGCAAAACCAACAACAGCAGCAUCAACAGCGUCGUUUGCAACAACACGGUCGCACGCAUCCACUCAGUAGGCUAACGUUACCAAAACAGAGCUUCAAUGCAGCCGCUUACAAUACUAUGUAGAUUAUAUCAGCGACAACGCACCGUCCCUUUACCCCAUUCUGUGUUAGGUGUAUAGUAUUCAUACACUUGUAUAAUGUUCUAAACGCGCUUUGCACCCUUACAGCCCGAACAGCGAACAACUCAUACACACACACACAAGCGUUCUUAACACAUUCAAAAUAUGGUUGGAAAUAGAAAUGAGAAAUUCGUGCAUGAAAUCUUAACACAGCUUAUUUGCCUCGAAAAAAACUCAUAGGUACUUAUUUCGGUAUAAGUCUAGAAUAAAAGCUAUUUAGCUGCUAAAGAAAACUAAAGUAAAAAGCCCUAUCGAGCCGUUUUUAGUUUUUUUUUUUGUCAUAACUAAACUGUUGGUAUUCUAGACUUGGUCUCAUUUUUCUAUGACCAAUGUACUCCAGCUUUAAUCCCCGCGCUGUUGUUUCUGUGCAUUUCAAAACUACUGCGACUAAAAGUAUUUAUCAAAAAGCUUUAAUUUGGCUGCCUGCAUUUCUUGACAAUUUACAUUUAUUUCCUUUUCUGUUAUAAUCCACUGCCAGCUCGAAAACAAAAAUUAUAUGGUCAAGUGCUGAAUAUGCUCAUCUGUUCAAGUGCUUUUUAUUACUCAUAGGUUAGGGAAAAUUAAAUUAUGCCAUAGUUUUUGUAUGUACAUAUGUGUAACUUCCUUUUCUACAUUGGUAAAUUAAUUUGCUUCAACCUUGAGUUUGACUAACGCCCAAUUAAUUAAUUGUAACCACUGUAUUUACAGGAUACUUUCUGUGCGUGUGUGUGUGUGUGGGUGAAUAUCGCAUCCACUCCUUUAUGCAAGGUAGUAUUGUUUCUUUUUUUUAUGCCAAGCCCAUACCACCAUUACCGGUAAUAACAUUUACAUUUCUUAAAAUGAUCGCUUGAGUCGCAAUGCUGCUAUUGAUGUUCACUUUUUUUUUUAUAAACUGUUCACAUUUCCUCAUCGUCAUCUACCGCCGAAAACUCCACAAGUAGCAUCUUACAACACAUCUUCAUUAUACCCUUCAUAAGUCUAUUUCCUCUUUAUUAUUACUACACGCUGAUUUUAAUUAAAUCUUAAUUAUUUAUAAACUUAAUUAAUGAUCGCAUUAGAAGUUGUAAGAAGCAGUUUAUAUGUGUGUAUGUACUACUACGUAGCGCUUUUUACCAUUACCAUUGCCGUACUGUAUUUGUAUAUUAAUUAUAAGCAUUUUCGACAAGAACGACACAACUCAAUAAUAAAUACCAACAUUAUCUACACUUAAACUUACACGAAAACACACGCAGCAAGCAGACAUCCACAGCAUGGCAAUAGUCCCUUGAAAACGAACGAAAAACCCCAUUGCAAAAAUAUCUAAAAAAUUUAAACACAACACUUUAACUCUACAGUAUAAAGCAUAUAACAUAUUGAAAAUCGGCGAGAAAAAAUCAACAAAUCAUAAUAUUAACUAAUUAGCCAGCAACAAAAAAAGCAAAUAUUUUGUAAAUAUUGUAAGAUUUUUUCUAUUUUUAUGUUUGUAUGAAAAAUGGUUUUUAAAAUACCUAUUAAAGCUCAUAUUGAAUACGAAAUACAUAUUUUUAAAUGUGCGACUUGCAUACAGAACCUGUGGAGCAUUUAAAAAUAAGUAAAUGGGGUUAAAGUUUAUAGUGAGUUGAGAUCUAAGAUCAAUUAUCAAUUUAAAUUAUGCAGAAAAUUUGGGGUAAUAUCUCAGACAGUGUCUGCCCUAACGGCAUUCACAGGCAGUCGGUCUCGACUUACAUCGACUCCCUACCGAUCUGUGAAUGUCGUUUUGGGUACGCAACCAUCUGCCUCGGGAAAUUCUCA